AUGAGUGCUGAUUUUGACAGAAUUUAUUUAAACCAAUCCAAAUUCAACGGUAGGUUCCGUAUCGCUGACUCAGGGUUAGGUUGGAAGGCAUCCGCCAGUGGUGGGUCUGCCUCGAACAAAGCAAAGGCCCCAUUCCUAUUACCAGCUACUGAAUUAUCCACUAUUCAAUGGAGUAGAGCCUGUAGAGGUUAUGAAUUGAAGAUUAACACCAAGAAUCAAGGUGUUGUUCAAUUAGAUGGGUUUUCUCAAGACGAUUUCAAUUUGAUUAAGAGUGAGUUCCAUCAUAGGUUUAGCAUACAAAUUGAGCAUAAGGAACAUUCUUUACGUGGUUGGAAUUGGGGGAAAACUGAUUUGGCUAGAAAUGAAUUGAUUUUUGCCUUGAAUGGGAAACCAACUUUUGAAGUCCCAUAUAGUCAUAUCAAUAAUACUAAUUUGACUUCCAAAAAUGAGGUCGGUAUUGAAUUUAAUAUUCAAAAUGAAGAGUACCAACCAGCCGGUGAUGAGUUAGUUGAAAUGAGAUUUUAUAUACCAGGUACUUUAACUACCGGAGAUGAAGAGGGAGAAGUACCAAAGAAAGAAGAAGAAAAAGAAGGUGAAGGUGAAGAUGUCGAUAUGGAGAAAGAAGAAAAGAGUUUGGCUGAAGCAUUCUAUGGGGAAUUAAGAGAGAAGGCAGAUAUUGGUGAAGUUGCAGGUGAUGCCAUUGUCUCAUUCCAAGAUGUUUUCUUCGCUACCCCAAGAGGCCGUUACGAUAUCGAUAUUUACAAAAAUUCCAUCAGACUUAGAGGUAAAACUUAUGAAUACAAACUACAACAUCGUCAAAUCCAAAGAAUCGUUUCACUUCCUAAAGCUGAUGAUAUUCACCAUUUGAUUGUUUUAGCCAUAGAACCACCAUUGCGUCAAGGUCAAACCACUUAUCCAUUCUUAGUACUACAAUUCCAAAAAGAUGAAGAAACUGAAGUUCAAUUGAAUCUAGAAGAUGACGAUUAUGAAGCUAACUACAAAGAUAAAUUAAAGAAGUCAUACGAUGCAAAGACACAUGUUGUUAUAAGUCAUGUUCUAAAAGGGUUGACUGACCGUAGAGUCAUCGUGCCAGGUAGUUAUACAUCAAAGUUUGAUCAGUGUGCUGUGUCAUGUUCAUACAAGGCGAAUGAAGGUUAUCUAUAUCCCUUAGAUAAUGCUUUCUUCUUCUUAACUAAACCAACUCUAUAUAUCCCAUUCUCUGAUGUCAGUUCCGUGAACAUUUCCAGGGCAGGUCAAAGUUCUACAUCUUCUAGAACUUUUGAUUUAGAAGUGGUGUUACGUUUGAACAGAGGGUCUACAACAUUCGGUAAUAUUAGCAAAGAAGAACAACAAUUACUUGAACAGUUUUUGAAAUCAAAGAAUUUAAGAGUUAAGAAUGAAGAGAAAGAAACACAAGAAAGAUUACAAAAUGCUCUUGGUUCAGACAGUGAUGAAGGUGAUAUAAAUAUGGGAUCAGCUGGUGAAGAUGAUGAAUCUGAAGAUGUUGAUUUCCAUGCAAGUUCUGGUGAAGAGGAUGUUGCAGAAGAGUUUGAUUCUGAUGCUCCAGUUAGUGAUGACGAAGAAGGAAGUGGUUCUGAUGAAAGACCAACGAAGAAACCUAAGGUAGAAUAA